CCCCGCCCGCCUCUCCGCGCAGUCGCCGGCCGUCGCCGUUCAGGGCUUGCGGCCAGCCAGGUCUGCAGGCGGUGCGGCCCUGUGCGCUCCCUGCACGCUCCGGAGCUGCGCCAGCCCCGGAAACCGAAACCGAGGCCAGGCCCUGCUGUCCGCGCUGCCGCCGGCCGCCUGCACCGAGGGCCGCGCUCGACGGGCCGCGCAGGCCUCAGCCGCGCGCACCGGACGCGAGGUGCGGGCAGCGCGCCGACUGCCAGGGGCCCGGGGCUUCCCGCCGCUGCGGUGGCAGCGCCGGCAGGGUUAGCUCCCUGCCCUUGGGAGCCGCGCGCGCAAUGGGCAGGUGCUGCUUCUACACGGCGGGGACGCUGUCCCUGCUCCUGCUGGUGACCAGCGUCACGCUCCUGGUGGCCCGGGUCUUCCAGAAGGCGGUAGACCAGACGAUCCAGAAGAACAUGGUGUUGAGGAAUGGAUCUGAGAUCUUUGACUCGUGGGAGAAGCCCCCUCUGCCCGUGUACACACAGUUCUAUUUCUUCAACGUCACCAAUCCCGAGGAGAUCCUCAGAGGAGAGAAGCCGCUGCUGGAGGAAGUGGGACCGUACACUUACAGGGAGAUCAGAAACAAAGCAAAUAUUCAGUUUGGAGAGAAUGGAACAACCAUUUCUGCCGUUAGCAACAAAGCCUAUGUUUUUGAACGCAACCAAUCAGUUGGAGACCCGAGCGUUGACUUAAUCAGGACGUUAAAUAUUCCUGUCUUGUCUGUCAUGGAAUGGGUCCAGGGCCGCCUCCUCACGGACAUCGUGGAGGCUAUGUUGAAGGCCUACCAGCAGAAGCUCUUCAUGACGCACACGGUGGACGAGUUGCUGUGGGGCUACAAAGACGAGAUCUUGUCCCUCGUCCAUAUUUUCCAACCGGACAUCUCUCCCUAUUUCGGCCUGUUCUAUGGGAAAAAUGGGACUAACGACGGACCCUAUGUGUUCCUUACCGGAGAAGACAAUUACCUUAACUUCACAAAGAUUGUGGAAUGGGAUGGAAAGACGGCGCUGGACUGGUGGGCCACGGCUGAGUGCAACAUGAUCAAUGGUACGGACGGAGAUUCUUUCCACCCACUGAUCAGCAGCGACGAACUCCUGUAUGUCUUCCCAUCAGAUUUUUGCAGGUCCGUGUAUGUGACUUUCAGCGGCUAUGAGAGUGUUCAGGGAGUGCCCGCCCUACGGUUCAGGGUGCCUAAGGAAAUACUGGCCAACAACUCAGCCAAUGCCGGCUUCUGUCUCCCUGAAGGCAACUGCCUGGGCUCCGGAGUGCUGAAUGUCAGCGUAUGCAAGAAUGGUGCACCCAUCAUCAUGUCCUUCCCGCACUUUUACCUGGCAGAUGAGAAGUUUGUUUCUGCCAUAGAUGGCAUGCAUCCCAACAAGGAGGAGCACGAGACCUUCGUGGACGUCAACCCUUUGACUGGAAUUAUCCUAAAAGCAGCCAAGAGAUUCCAGAUCAACGUUUAUGUCAAGAAACUGGAUGACUUCCCGGAAACAGGAAACAUCAGAACCAUGGUAUUCCCAGUGAUGUAUAUCAAUGAGAGUGCUGUGAUUGACAAGGAGUCCGCCAGUCGGCUCAAGUCUGUGAUUAACACCACCCUGAUCGUCACCAACAUCCCCUACAUCAUCAUGGCCCUGGGUGUACUCUUUGGUUUGGUCUUCACCUGGUUGGCCUGCAGAGGACAGGGGGCCAUGGAUGAGGGGACGGCAGAUGAAAGAGCACCUCUGAUCCGAACCUAAGUGAACUUGUCCCUUGUGGAGCUCCAAGAAGGCACUGUGCUUGGUCCUGACCCUGACUUGAGCUGGGCACAGCCUCCAUGGUGCCACGGGCUGUGGCCUGGGGAAGGAGGGAAGGCAGGCACGUGUUGAGUGCGUCCUGGCCAGAGGCUGAAGGAUGGACAGGCGGGCAAGGCUGGCCACUGUGUUUUUUAAAAUCAUACGCCUGGAAGUUGUUUUCUCAUGCAUCUAGCAGGUAUCUCAUUAGUCCCUGUAGGGUUUGGGGUUUUGUUUUUUGUUUUAUUUUGUUUUCAUUGCUGGGUGCUAGUAGCUCCAGAAUGCUGUGAAUUUAAUGUCUCUGCACCACUUUUGUUGACGCUACUUGGCCUAACCUUUCUCGGUAUGCUUCAUUUACCAAACAUCGUACUCAAAACCCA